AUGGUUGUCCUCAUUUUUGUGGACGACCUGAUUGUUCUAGUGGACUCCAACCAGCAAUUAAACUGGUUCCAGGAAACAGCUAGCAAGCUGUUUACCAUCAAACACCUUGGGCCGGUAAGCUAUUACCUGGGGGUAGAAAUAUCAAGGAAGGCAGACAGAUGCUUUGAGCUGCCCCAAAGCAACAAAGUGAAAGCACUGCUGGCUCGGUACGGUAUGGAGGAGGCUAGCAGUGUGCAAACCCCAAUGACCACAGGGUAUAGCAAAGAACCUGAGGGCAAGGUAUUCCAGAACGUGCAAUUAUACCAGUCUCUAAUCGGGUCUCUGCUGCAUUUAGCAUGCUGGUCCAGACCCGAUAUUAGCUACGCUGUGCACAUAUUGGGCCAGAAAAACGCUGAGCCCCACCACAAGGAUUGGGUGGCGGCCAAGAGGGUGCUGCGUUACCUCAGUGGGACGAUAGAGCGAAAACUAUCCCUCAGAGUGGGAGAAAAGCCUGAACUUCGCGCCUAUGCCGACGCGAGCUGGGGGGAUCGGCCCAAGGCAAAAUCGACUACAGGAAUUGGAAUAUUCCUGGGGGAUGCCCUGUUACUAUGGAAAGCCACCAAGCAAACCCUGGUGGCAUGCAGUACCUGCGAGGCAGAGUACGGGGCUAUCAACGAGUGCGUGCUCAACAUAGAAUACUCUGGUCCCAAAGAUAUUUCUGGUUGGCGGAUCGGCUGGGACGCUGGUUAUUUUGCGUGUCGUCCUGGAAGGGUGGGAGCAUCGGGAUUUGUGUGGGGAGAGGGAGACGGCCUGGUUUUCGUGUGCAGCGUCCUGUGA